AUUACUGGCUCAUUAGCUGCGACCGGAAAUUUCGUAGUUCAUUUGAAGGUAAGAAAUUAAAUAAUUUUCCCGAAUUCAUCAAAUAUGUGUACAUGAUGUAUGUAAUAUGUAUGUACAUAUAUACAUAUAUGUAUGUACAUAUUCGUUCUUGGAGUUCAAAUAAAUAUACUCCAGUAAUGUUGUAUUGCAUUUGCAACUUUCAGAGAAAGCACCCAGAGACAAUUGAGGAUUAUGAAAGUCGUAAAAAGGUCCAGAUUCCUGCAAUUAAGAAGAAGAAGCACGAUGAAAACGAACGAAUUGCAAACGCACGUUGCGGUCAAUCCACUUUAACAAAUAUUGUUUUCACAAAAGAAGUUGUGAAAAAACAAUCAAGGACAACCAAAUUGGACCAGCUCGUGCUAAAUUUCAUCGUGAAAGGAAUGCAUCCGUUGUCAACAAUUGAGCAGCCUGCGUUUCAACAACUAGUAAAAGGAUUGAAUCCAGCGGCAAAGUUGGUUUCCAGAAGAAUGCUGGGAAGACAAACAAAUGACGAAUUCCUUGCUGCCAAAUCCAAACUCAUUGCAAGAAUUCAGCAAGUCAAAUAUUGUUGCAUUACGAAGGACGCCUGGACUUGUAAAGGAAUGAGUCGUGGAUUUCUUGGGGUCACAAUACACUGGAUUGAUAGUGACUUGACCCGCUAUUCAGCUGAAUUAGCAUGUUGCAGAUUUAAAGGAACUCAUUCCUACGACAACUAACUUAAUCAAUGACCUAUCACAGAGUUCAAGCAGCAGUAAAAUUUAUGAAAAUCAACAGUUAUCCAAGGAAAGCGAUGAUUUUUUUGCUUUCUCUUCUUCUGCCAACGUGGCUCAAGGGUUGCACAAUAUUGAAAAUAAAAUACGACUACAAACCUGUCAAUAUUUGGACAACGAAGACGAAGGACUGGCAAUGCUUCAGAAAUACUCAUCCGUUAUGGGCUUAUUCAUUAAAUAUAAUACGACGCUUCCAUCAUCAGGACCUGCUGAACAGAUGUUUAACUAUGCUGGAAUGAUACUAUCUCCAAAGCGUAGAAUUAUGAGUGACUCAUUGUUUGAGAUGUUGAUUGUUAAAGAUGGUUUUGUUGAAAGUUAAUAAUUUGUAAUCGAAUAUUAUAUUUGCUCUGGUUUUUAUAAGUAUAUUGAAUAUACAUGUAUAUUAUCUGCAAAUAAAAUCCAGUAUAUUAUAUACGUA